CAAGGAUGGAUGGUGAUCAGAGGUUAUAAUGUGUUCAUUUUCUACACUCCAUCUGCAAAAAGCUCCAACUUAAGAUAUGGAUAUUCUUUGUGAGGAAAACGCUUCAUUGAGCUCUGCCCUGAACUCCUUAAGUCAAUUAAGUGAUGACAUAAAGCUCUACAAUAGUGAUUUGAACUCGAGAGAACCGAACAUUUCGGAUGUGUUUAACUGGACCGUAGACUCUGAAAAUGGAACAAACCUCUCCUGUGAAGGCUGCCUCUCACCAUCAUGUCUCUCCCUUCAUCUCCAGGAAAAAAACUGGUCUGCUUUGCUGACAACUGUUGUGAUUAUUCUAACCAUUGCUGGAAAUAUACUUGUCAUCAUGGCAGUGUCCCUAGAGAAAAAGCUGCAGAAUGCCACCAACUACUUCCUGAUGUCACUUGCCAUAGCUGAUAUGCUCCUGGGCUUCCUUGUGAUGCCCGUAUCCACGCUAACCAUCUUGUAUGGGUACCGGUGGCCUCUGCCCAGCAAGCUCUGUGCAGUCUGGAUCUACCUUGAUGUGCUCUUCUCCACGGCCUCCAUCAUGCACCUCUGUGCCAUCUCACUGGACCGCUACGUCGCUAUCCAAAACCCCAUUCAUCACAGCCGCUUCAACUCCAGAACAAAAGCCUUCCUGAAAAUAAUUGCCGUUUGGACCAUAUCAGUAGGUAUAUCCAUGCCAAUACCAGUCUUUGGGCUACAAGAUGACACCAAAGUCUUUAAGGAAGGGAGUUGCUUGCUCGCCGAUGAUAACUUUGUUCUGAUUGGCUCCUUUGUGUCAUUUUUCAUUCCGUUAACCAUCAUGGUGAUCACAUACUUUUUAACUAUCAAGUCGCUGCAGAAAGAAGCUACUUUAUGUGUGAAUGAUCUUGGCACCAGAGGCAAACUAGCUUCUUUCAGCUUCCUUCCUCAGAGCUCUCUGUCUUCGGAAAAGCUCUUCCAGCGGUCCAUCCACAGAGAGCCAGGCUCCUAUGGCCGCAGGACUAUGCAGUCCAUCAGCAAUGAGCAGAAAGCAUGUAAGGUACUGGGUAUCGUCUUCUUCUUGUUUGUGGUGAUGUGGUGCCCAUUCUUCAUCACAAACAUCAUGGCUGUCAUCUGCAAAGAGUCCUGCAAUGAGGAUGUCAUCGGGGCUUUGCUCAAUGUGUUCGUGUGGAUCGGCUACCUCUCCUCGGCUGUCAACCCACUCGUGUACACACUGUUCAAUAAAACCUAUCGGUCGGCUUUUUCACGUUAUAUUCAAUGUCAGUACAAGGAGAACAAAAAACCAUUGCAGUUAAUUUUAGUAAACACCAUACCAGCCUUGGCCUACAAGUCUAGUCAACUCCAAAAGGGCCAAGGGAAAAAUUCAAAAAAAGAAGCCAAGCCAACAGAGGAUGACUGCUCAAUGGUUGCUCUAGGAAAACAAUUGGAGGAUGCUUCUGUAGACAAUGUCAACACAGUGAAUGAAAAGGUCAGCUGUGUGUGAUAGGCUGGUUGCCAUGGUAACUGUGGUCCAGCACAUUGAGCAAGUUUUCACCUAGCUGAGGAAAUUAAAAUAGAUCAGAGGAAAAAAUUGAGCCAGUCUUAGUGGAACCAACAAUAGUAUCAAUACAUGCCUCAUUGUAUUCUGUCAAUGAAAAGCAGGGUUAAAAGCUAAAAACAUGCACUUCUAAAGUAUCUUGACAGUAUUUCAACUGUGAGCUUUAUGAUAUUUAUUCUUAACAUUGUAAAUAGAAUGUCUUUAAGAUAAGUAGCUUUUAUUGUGUAAUUAUGAGGCAAUAAAUAAAUCUAAAUUGAUUUCUGGUUUUGAAUGGAAACCUUGCUACUGGGCUG